AUGUCUGGUCUCGAGGUCGUUGGAAUCGUCGCUAGCAUAGUUCAAGUCGCAGACCUCGGAGCCAAAAUAUCAGUCAAGCUGUGCUCCUUCUACCGCACCGUGAAAACCGUGAACGACUCUAUGCGAAGUCUAUCUAGUGACGUGUCUCUCACCUGCAGUGUGCUCCACGAACUUGGGAAAGCCCUCAAGCAGGAUUCCCAGACGAAACUGUGUUCCUCUGGAGCCUUCAGCACUACCGAGGAUGUCUUGAAAGAAUGCAGGGAAAUCUUCGAGAAAAUCGAUGGUGAAAUUGAGAAGCGUGACCAAGAAAAAGCAACGAAUCCACUUCUUCGUGCGGCUCAAAAGAUCACAUUAGGGUUCCACGGCCCAGAUCUGGACCUGUUGAAGUGUAAUUUGGAGAGAUUAAAAUCUACCAUGUUGCUAAUGCUAAAUGUCCUCAUGUAUGCAGGGCAAGUUCGCAGGAGAGACUUGAAAGUCACGCUUACCGAUCAGCGAAAUCUAAUCCAACAACUUGUUGAGGAAAAGAAAGAGAACGAUACUACAUUUCACCAAUUAAGUCAACCUGCACCUGCGGUUGCCCUGAGAGUAGAAGAGCCCCUUCAAGCGUCUACCAGAGCUUUGAGCAUAGAGCCAAAGCCUUUAUCUCCACAUUCUACGCUUCCUUCUCCAACGGAAGUCAAAGAGUAUGCAUCUCUCGUUCGAAAGCUGCUUAGCGAGAUCGACACGUGCCAUUCUAGCCUAGAACAGAGCCGAGUCCUCCGAAUCAGGAACGGUGUCGCAAAUGUGCACUCGAUGGAAGUUUCUCUUUUCCAGCACACCUACGGACACUCUGCAACUCGGGCUCUGCAUGACCCUUUCUUCAAAUUCAGGGACUCUUGCUUUCCUAGGCCUAGAAGCCAUACCGGAUGGCAACAUCCUUUAGAUUUGCCUGUUGUCGAUGUUGCAGAACCAGACGUAGGCCAUUCUUCAGCCAGCCGUCAAACCGACACGUCAACAAUCCUCAAUGAAGACGACGACAGCGCAGCUGAUAUCGCACCGAUAUGCCACCAAAAUGACACCCAAUUACCCUAUUCCAGGAGGUACCUCGUAAUCGAAACGGGCAGGCCCACGCAACACGAGAGAACGAAUUACCCUAUAAUCUCUAGGAAGCAGUAUAAGAGCCCAGACUUGUCUCAACUCGGCCUCUACGCGCGGGAUGCAGCCGCAAAGAAUGACGCACGCCUACGUGAUGCUAAAACAGUGAAUCGGGACGUAGAAGAAUUGUUCCUACAAUGGACAACACUGACGCGAGAAGAGAUGGAGGUAGAUGUGAAAAAGAAGGUGGAUGAGAACAAAUGA